AUGGGCACCGACGCGGCGACGCCGCCCGCGGCGACGCCGUCGCGUCCGAAUCCUCCCAAUCCGACGCCCCCCGCGAGACGCCGCCCCGCCGGCGCCCCGGUCGUCGCGCCGACGGUCAUCUCGAGCAAAGCCGCGCUCCUCGCGACCGCGGAGGACCUCGCCGACGACGUCGACGCCGCGGAGGAGCGGCUCGCGCGGAGGAACGGCGCCAGAACGUCGCGCGGCGGCAAGGAGAAGGACGGCAUCGUCGGCUGGACGCUCGAGGCGGUCGAUCGCGGCUUGGAUUCCAUCGAACGCGAGCGCCCGUCGACGGCGCAGGCGGCGUGGAAGGUGGCGUCCGAGGCGGAGAAGGUGGCGAAGAACCCGACGGUGCAAAAGGGCGUCAAGUUGACCGCGGACGCGGGGAUAGAGGUCGUGAAGCGCGCGGCGCCGGUGAUCGGCAAGGUGGCUGGAAACGUCGGCAAGUUUGCCGCCAAGUCGGCGUUUUCCGCCGCCGUGGGAGGGGUGUUUCCGAAGAAGAAGAACGACGGGGGGAAGUCGAAGGAGAAGUGA